UGCGGGUGAGAUUCUUCGAGGGCUUGGUGAACCGUCUUAAGCCAUUGAUGGGGUGAAAAAGAGCGAGGGCGAGAAUGGGAUUGUUGAGAAUUGAGGACUGCCACUGAGGGGUUUCAAAGGAAUUUGCAGAACAAGUGUUUUAGGGUUUCGGAGAAUUCGAACGAGAGAAAGUCUCUCGUAUUCAAAGUUUAAUUGAAUUCUGGGAGAGCAAAACUGGGGACUGAAGGUUCUCGGUUUAGCCGGUGUUUGUGUUGCGCCGAUUGGUGGUUGUCGUCGUUUCGGUACUGCUGUGGUAGCUCUGCUGGUUCCGGAACUAUGGAUAUCGAUUCCCCUUCUGAAUCUGUUUCCCUAAAGCCCCGUGAUCGAAUCGUCCGGAAUAUUACUCAACUUGGAGUACCUGGGGAGUUUCUUGAUAAGCUUCAGCCUGGUUUGGUUGCUUUUGUUAAGCAUAAUAAGACCUGGAUACCGGAGUUGGUAUCAGCUAUAUUACCUUCUGAUGAGGAAGUGGUGGAAGUUCUCCGUGAAGCUAAGCUAGCAGCAGGGUCUAAAAAACCAUCAACAGGUCCUACCAUGAAACCACGAUUUCGUGAAAGCAUGGCAUGGUUACAAUGGUUGAUGUUUGAGGAUGAACCAAUGGUUGUGUUGAGGAACCUUUCCAAAUUGAGUGUUGGCCAGCGAGGUGUUUGUGGGGCUGUUUGGGGACAUAAUGAUAUAGCAUAUAGGUGCAGAACGUGUGAGCAUGACCCAACAUGUGCAAUUUGUGUUUCAUGUUUUCAGAAUGGGAACCACGAGGACCAUGACUAUUCCAUUAUUUAUACUGGUGGUGGUUGCUGUGACUGCGGAGAUGUAACUGCAUGGAAACGGGAAGGGUUUUGUUCAAAGCAUAAAGGAGCAGAACAGAUACAGCCUCUGCCGGAGGAGUAUGCAAACUCUGUGGGUCCUGUUCUUAAUGAAAUAUUUCUUUGUUGGAAAAACAAGCUUUCUCUUGCAGAAAAGAUCUGUCAGGAAAACCCUAGAGCUAGUGAUCGUGUUGCAGAGUUUAAGAAGGUUGCAACUGAGUUAACCUUUGUGGUUGUUGAAAUGCUUUUGGAGUUCUGUAAGUACAGUGAGAGUUUACUUAGUUUUAUUUCAAAGAUGGUUUUCUCAUCAGUUGGUUUAUUGGAUAUUCUGGUGAGAGCAGAGAGGUUCUUGAAUGAUGCUGUCGUUAGAAAACUCCAUGAGUUGCUCCUGAAAUUGCUGGGAGAGCCUGUUUUCAAGUAUGAAUUUUCUAAGGCAUUUAUAAGUUAUUAUCCAACUGUUGUGACUGAAGUCAUAAAGCAAUCCACUGACACGGUUUUAAAAAAGUAUUCGUUGCUUCCUACAUUCUCUGUGCAAAUCUUUACGGUGCCAACACUAACCCCUCGUCUUGUGAAGGAAAUGAAUCUGCUUACUAUGCUGUUGAGAUGUUUGGGAGAUAUUUUCAGUUCUUGUGCUGGUGAUGAUGGUCGUCUACAGGUUGCCAAGUGGGGGAAUUUGAAUGAGAUUACUAUUCGUGUGGUUGAAGAUAUUCGAUUUGUUAUGAGUCAUGCUUUAGUGCCCAAAUAUAUAAUCAGGGAGCAGCAAGAUAUCUUAAGAACCUGGAUGAGGCUCUUGAGUUUUGUUCAAGGGAUGAACCCUCAAAAGAGAGAAACGGGACUUCAUAUUGAAGAAGAUAAUGAGAAUAUGCAUCUGCCUUUCAUCUUAGGUCAUUCUAUUGCCAACAUUCAUUCUCUUUUGGUGGACGGGGCAUUUUUUGUUGCUAACAGUGAUGAGACAGAGGAUGACAUUCUUUUCCUUAGAUACUCAAAAGUUGGACGGCUAUCCCAAGAAAGUUCUGCAUGCAGUGCAAUGGGAAGGAGUAGUUUGUUUUCAUGUGCACCUAAGAUUUCUGAAGAUAAAUCAGGUGCUGAUCCAUGUCUUUUGAUUCCACCAUAUGUCACAUGGUUAACAUAUGAGUGCUUGAGGGCAAUUGAAAAUUGGUUAGGAGUUGAUAAUACAUCUGGGAAUGUUCUUGAUAUAUUGUCUCCAAGUUCUAGCAGUAUUGCUGGUAGCAAUUUUUCGGCCCUGAAGAAAACAUUAUCUAAGAUUAGAAGGGGCAAAUACAUUUUGGGUAGACUAUCAAGUGAAGAUCAUGGUAGACAAUCUUCUUCCCUUGUAUAUGGUGAUUCACAAACAUGUGGCCAUUUGCAAGAUGGUAAAAGUACAGGACAGGAGGGUAACUUGAUGGAUGUUGGUGAAAGUGAUUCAUUUAAUGAUUGCAACCUUGCUGUCAAGGAUGAUGGUGCAGUGGAAGGAGAUUGCACCAUGGAUGUAGAUGGUCUUCGUGUUCUGAGUUUGUCUGAUUGGCCAGACAUCAAAUAUGAUGUUAGUUUGCAGGAUAUAUCUAUUCACAUUCCCUUGCAUCGGUUACUUUCCUUGCUUCUACAAAAAGCAUUGAGAAGAUGCUUUGGUGAAUCGAUGGUUACAGAUAUUAAUGAUGGUGCUGGUUCUGCGAGUUCAUUGUCACCAGCCUGCACUGAUUUCUUUGGACAAAUUCUUAGUGGGUGCCACCCUUAUGGGUUCUCUUCCUUCAUUAUGGAGCAUCCUUUAAGGAUUAGGGUAUUUUGUGCUCAGGUUCAUUCUGGAAUGUGGCGGAAGAAUGGGGAUGCUGCUUUAUUAUCUUGUGAGUUGUAUCGUACUAUUCGCUGGUAUGAACAGGGUUUGGAGCUUGAUCUUUUUCUGCUGCAGUGUGCUGCUGCAUUGGCUCCUGCUGAUACGUUUGUCUAUAGAAUUUUAGAACGUUUUGGCCUAUCAAACUACCUUUCUCUGAACCUUGAGCGUUCUAGUGAAUAUGAACCUGUUUUAGUGCAGGAGAUGCUCACACUUAUUGUACAAAUAGUCAAAGAAAGGCGGUUUUGUGGGCUAACUAAGGCUGAAAGUUUAAAAAGGGAGUUAAUUUAUAAGUUAGCUAUUGGAGACACUACUCAUAGUCAGUUGGUGAAAUCUCUUCCUCGUGACCUCUCCAAGUUUGAGCAGCUGCAGGAAAUUUUGAAUACCGUUGCUGUAUAUUCUAAUCCAUCUGGCUUUAAUCAGGGGACAUAUUCACUACAAUGGGCUUAUUGGAAAGAGCUGGAUUUGUAUCAUCCUCGUUGGAACUCGAGAGAUUUGCAGGUUGCAGAAGAAAGAUACUUACGCUUCUGUAGCAUUUCUGCAUUGACCACUCGGUUACCCAGAUGGAGCAAGAUAUAUUCUCCUCUCAAGGGUGUGGCUAGGAUUGCUACCUGUAAAGCAGUCAUUCAAAUUGUCCAUGCAGUGCUUUUUUAUGCUGUUUUUACUGAUGAGUCAACAGAAUCACGUGCUCCUGAUACUGUUCUUAUAACAGCCCUGCACUUGCUCUCAUUAUCAUUGGAUAUAUGUUUUCAGCUGGACAAAUCUAGUGAUCGGACUUGCUAUGAUGGGGACUCAAUUCCCAUGCUAGCUUAUGCUGGUGAAAAAUUUGAGGAGGGAUUAAAUUAUGGUGCUGGUGAACAAAGUUUGUUGUCCCUUCUUGUAUUGUUGAUGAGGAUGCAUAAAAAAGAAAGUUCAGACAACUUUUUGGAAGCAGGAAAUUGCAACCUUUCUUCUUUAAUUGAAAGUUUGUUGAAGAAGUUUGCAGAGAUUGAUUCUAGAUGUAUGACCAUAAUACAGAAACAUGCACCUGAAACGGUUAGUCAUCUUUUACAAUCCUUUCCCAAUGGUGAAACAAAUAUAUCGAGGUCAUCUUUCGAUAGUGAGAAGCGCAAGGCUAAAGCCCGAGAGAGACAGGCUGCCAUAUUGGAAAAAAUGAGAGCCGAUCAAUCUAAAUUUUUGGCUAGCAUUGAUUCUUCUGAGGAUGAUGGUUCAAAAUUCGAACAAAAAGAAAAUAAUCUUGAUAUUGGAAAUGAAGAAAAAGAAUCUGAUCAAGUUGUUUGCUCUCUUUGCCAUGAUCCAAAUUCUAAAAGUCCUAUAUCCUUCUUGGUUCUUCUCCAAAAAUCCAAGCUUUUGAGUUUUCUUGACAGAGGUCCCCCUUCAUGGGAAAAUCCUCGCAAUUUAGACAAGGUGCAUGUCUCAAUUGUUACAAACAAGGUGACCAAUCAGUCUGAAAGUGGCAAUUUGUCUACUGGUGUAGGAGCGGUGUCAUCUUCUCAGUUGGCACAGUUGGUUCAGAAUGCAGUCACUGAAUUUUCCAAUCAUGGUCAACCAAGGGAAGUUGAUGCAUUUCUAGAAUUUCUCAAGGGCUGGUUCCCUGCAUUAAGGAAUAUUCAAGUGCCAUGUUCAACAAACAAUGAUAGGGAGAAGGAUUCAUAUUUAUUUGGGACAUUGGAAGAAGAUAUUUUCUCUUCCGUUCAAGGAGAAAUACACAAUAAGAUGACUCAAUUCAGUUCCUUAGAAGAUAAGAAUUUUUCUACUGCUGGAAAGGGUCAAGCAACUAGCGGAGAUGCUGGGUGUAUGUUGCUUGGCAAAUAUAUAGCUUCUUUUUCUAGAGAGAUGACAGAAAAGCCUUCAGUUUCUGAAAAUGUUUGUAAUGAUAAGGUGCUAGAAGAAUCUACUCAGGUUCCAGCUUAUGAUGGAUUUGGUCCAGCAGAUUGUGAUGGAAUUUAUCUUUCUUCCUGUGGACAUGCCGUGCAUCAAGGAUGUCUUGAUCGAUAUUUAUCAUCUUUGAGAGAGAGAUAUAUCAGGAGGAUUGUUUUUGAAGGAGGGCAUAUUGUAGAUCCAGAUCAGGGGGAGUUUCUUUGCCCAGUAUGUCGUCGACUUGCAAACUCUAUUCUGCCUGCGUUACCCGGCGAGUUUCAGAAGGCCCUGAAGCAGCCUAUUAGUUUAGGUGCUGGCUUGUCAUAUGCUGCUUGUCCUUCAGACGUAUUAGGUAAAAAAGCUAAUUCACUUCUCCUUCAGCAAGGCUUAGCUCUUCUGCAGUCUGUGGCAAAUGCAGCUGGAAGGGUUGAAACCCUUAAAGGUUUCCCUCUGCAGAAAUCUGAAAGGACAUUCCCAAAUCUUGAACCUUUGUCACGUACCCUCUCCAAAAUGUAUUUUCCAAAUAGACAGGAGAUGUUAUUAGGCUCUGCAAGGUUAAGCCACUCAAUGCUUAUGUGGGACAUGCUUAAGUACUCCCUCCUUUCAAUGGAAAUUGCUGCUCGUUGCGGAAGGACACAUAUGAAACCAACAUAUGGGCUUGAUGCCUUGUAUAAGGAACUUGAAUCAUCGAGUGGAUUUACGCUGUCCUUGUUGCUAAAAAUUGUUCAAAGCACACGCAGUAAGAAUUCUCUGCAUGUGCUUCAGAGGUUUAGAGGUAUUCAAAGCUUUGCAGAAUCGAUUUGCUCUGCAGUUUCUGUAGAUCGUGGUGGCCACACAAGUGAAGGUAAUAUGCUAUGUAUCUUAAAGAAUAUUGACAUGGAAGUUUCAUAUCCUGAUAUUCAAUUUUGGAAUCGGGCUUCUGAUCCUAUCCUUGCCCAUGACCCUUUUUCAUCCCUGAUGUGGGUUCUUUUUUGUCUUCCAUACCCGUUCUUAUCAUGUGAGGACUCCCUGUUAUAUCUUGUGCACCUCUUCUAUGCUGUUACAGUAGUUCAGGCAAUAAUUACAUAUUGUGGGAAAUAUCAAUGCAACAUAAGUGAAUUAGGUCUUGAUGAUUGUUUGAUUACUGACAUAUCCAAACUUACCGAAAAGUCAGGCUGUAUUCGGGAAUAUUUCUUUUCAAACCAUAUUGGCCAUUCUGGUAAUAUCAAGAACACAAUUCGUAGCUUGAGUUUUCCUUAUUUGCGGAGAUGUGCAUUGCUCUUUAAAAUGUUGAACUCUUCUGCACGAGUGCCAUUUUGUGAGGGGGACAGUGUGUUGGAUAGAUCUCAUGCCAUCCAUGACAUGACGGACAACACUGACAGUGCACAGGCAGAGAUCAAUGAAAUUGAACGGCUAGAGGACAUGUUCAAGGUUCCAUCACUAGAUUUUGUUCUUAAGGAUGAAUUACUGCAUUCACUAGCUGUGAAUUGGUUCAAUCAUUUGUGUAAGGAGUUUGAAGUGAAUGGAUUAAGAAGCAGCAUGCACUGCAACCCUGCAGCUCCAUUUCGGUUAAUGCAUCUGCCUCGGCUUUACCAGGAUCUCUUGCAGAGGUAUAUUAAACAACGUUGUUCUGACUGCAAAUCUGUUCUGGAUGAACCUGCCUUGUGCUUGCUUUGUGGUAGAUUAUGCUCUCCAAGCUGGAAGUCCUGUUGCAGGGAAAGUGGAUGUCAAACUCAUGCAAUGGCCUGUGGUGCUGGUACUGGAGUAUUUCUUUUGAUUAAGAGAACAACAAUCCUGCUACAAAGAUCCGCACGUCAGGCUCCCUGGCCAUCACCUUACUUGGAUGCUUUUGGUGAAGAGGAUGUUGAGAUGCAUAGAGGAAAGCCUUUGUACUUGAAUGAAGAACGUUAUGCGGCUUUAACUAAUAUGGUGGCGUCUCAUGGUCUUGACCGAAGUUCCAAGGUUCUUGGGCAAACUACUAUUGGUUCUUUUUUCAUGGUUUAGUCUGAACUUUAUGCGAGGCAGUGAAGUACCUUGAAAUCUGUUGAUGAGGAGGAGACUUCACAAAGGAAUGUUUGGUAACUAUUAACAUUGUCAAACAUUCCAUAUUUCCAUCUGUUGGUAAAUUGAGGAUCUUGGGUUGGCAUGUGCAUGCGAGGUUGUACAGUUCAUUGAGAUUACCAUUAUGUGCCUGAAGGAAUAGGGAUGGAAACAAAAACUGUGCUAUCCUUGCGUCUAGAUACUUGGGGAUUCUCCUCUCUACAAAAGUUGAACUUCGCUCCUUCAGAAGUUUUAGACAGGUUCUCUUGCUUUAAUGGUUGUACAGUUUUAUGGUGCCUGAAAGCUUAGCUACAAUUGUGUUCCGCUAUCCUUCAAAAGGAAGGUGGAGUCUUGCAUCAAAUGGUUGUACAUAAAAACCAAAACCUCAGCAAGCUUUGAGAUGCUUCUUUUUAAUGUUAAGAAUUGUUUGGCAUUUCUUGCUCCUUUUGUUUCUUUUGACUUCUAGUUGAGCAUGAAAGAACAAGCACUCUCUUCCUUGUAUUUGAGUUUUUCUUCUUUUUUCUGGGGAUUGGGGAGGGGACGUGAAGGGAGAAGGGAGAAGGGCCUAGGGCUUUGAAUUAGAAUAAUUGCAUUUCCAUAUCUACCAAGUGGUUUUGGUGUGCUUGAGUGCUUGUUUAAACUGAUGUAUAUCAUUCUUUCUAGCUUCAAGCUCUUUCUUUCUUUUUUUCCCUCUC